AUGUACUGUGAAAUCUGCAGAAGGCCUGUUUGUCAUCUUUGUAAACUGGGUGGAUGUCAUGCAAACCAUAGAGUAACAACCAUGAGAACUGCCUACAAAACCCUUAAGGAGAAGCUUUCAAAAGAUAUUGAGUACCUCAUCAGUAAGGAGAGCCAGGUGAAAGCUCACAUCACACAGCUGGAUCUGCUGCUGAAAGAAACAGAGUGCAACAGUGAACGAGCUAAAGAAGAAGCAUCUCAGAGCUUUGAGAAAUUAUCUCAUGUCCUAGAAGAGAAGAAGUCCGCAGCUCUUAGGGCAAUUGAAACUUCUAAGAAUUUAAGGCUGGAAAAAUUGCAAACGCAAGCAGAGGAAUAUCAAGGGCUCCUGGAAAAUAAUGGCCUUGUAGGAUAUGCUCAAGAGGUGCUUAAAGAAACUGAUCCAUCUUGUUUUGUUCAAACAGCAAAACAGCUUCAUGACAGAAUCCAAAAAGCUACUGAAUCUCUGAAGAGCUUCAGGCCAGCAGCUGAAACUACUUUUGAAGACUUUGUGGUGGACAUAGCUAAGCAAGAAGAGAUCCUUGGUGACUUGUCCUUCCAUUCCAAUGGUCUAGAAAUACCAGAAAUCAAUGAAGAGCAGAGCAGAAUGUACAACAAAGCUCUGAUCAGCUGGGAAUGCCCUGGGAAGACAGACUCAGCUGAUAUCUAUGUUCUUGAGUAUCAUAAGCUUAAUGGAGAAGAGGAGAGUGCGACGUGGCAGGAGAUCAAAGUUUGCAGCAAGAGCAAAGUAAUAUCUGAUCUUGAUGAUGACAGCUCCUAUGCCUUUAGAGUUCGAGGAUAUAAAGGGUCCAUCUGUAGCCCUUGGAGCCGAGAAGUUAUUUUGCGUACGCCUCCAGCUCCAGUUUUCAGUUUUCUUUUUGAUGACAAAUGUGGGUACAACAGUGAACAUCUCCUGCUGAACCCAGGAAGAACCUCUGUGGAAAGCAGGGCUGGAUUUCCUCUACUGCUGGGAUCUGAGCGCAUGCAGGUCGGAUGCUACACAACCCUGGAUUACAUCAUUGGCGACACCGGGAUUGCCAAAGGGAAGCACGUCUGGGCUUUUCGUGUGGAAGCCUAUUCAUACCUGGUGAAAGUGGGAGUUGUUUCUAGCAACCAGAUACAGAAAUUGUUCCAUAAUACCCAUGAUGUGACCAGCCCAAGGUACGAGCAAGACAGUGGUCAUGACAGUGGGAGUGAAGAUGCCUUCUUUGACUCACCACAGCCUUUCACACUGGUCACUUUAGGCAUGAAGAAGUUCUUUAUCCCCACAACACCUGCUGCCCCCAAGGAUCCAGCGAGCAGAAUCCUUCCCCUGCCAUCGUGCUUGGGCAUCUGCCUCGACUGUGACAAAGGCAAGGUGGGGUUCUACGACGCAGGCCGUAUGAAAUGCCUUUAUGAGUGCGAGGUGGACUGCUCUGGCAUAAUGUACCCAGCAUUUGCCUUAAUGGGUGGUGCAGCAGUUCAUCUUGAGGAACCUGUCACAGCAAAGUACGGGGAGUACCACGACGACAUCUAG